GUUCGUCAGAAUUUGUCUUCCCGCCUACGAAUUUGCUUUUCCCCUCGCUUCUGCGAUCUGCGACCUGCAUGAAGGGCACACCUUGAGGCCAGCUACCUAGGACGAGUCUUCGACACUCUCAAGUUACGGUUCUUUGCGCUCUCAGCAAAGACUGUCGGCGGAACAAUAGAUAUCAGAACCCAAACCUAAAAGUUGGGGGCGGUGCAUCCUUACACCUUAGGUAAUCCCUCGGCCUGCCUAUACAAGGCAUCCCAGGUAUCAGAUAGCCUAUAUUGGGGGUGUGGGCACCGCUAUAACCCGGCUUUUUUUAGCACCUUUAGUUGGCUGGCUUACCCAUAUCUUUUGCUCCCCGGCCUGCGCUCUAGGACCUGCUAGGUUCUUUAGGGUUCCGAAAUAUUACAUUCCCAAUGAAGGGCCUCUUCAACUCGAAAAAAUCUACCAAGAAGCAGCCUUCUGGCGACGACACCGACCCUCCGCCUUCCCCCCAAUACAUCCAUCACCAGGCCAAUUCGUCACCGUCGCCGUCCCAGUCAAGGCCACACGUCGCGGCUUCUCGGUCGGAUCCCUUGUCGCCUGGCAGAACCUCCGGCUCUUCUCGGUCACCCACCAAGAAAUCUGCCCGCCCCGCAUCGCCUGCUCACCCGCAGCGCGAGCAAUCCAAGUCGAAAUCCUCACGUUCCUUUGGGAGGCAUUCUUCGGACUCGCGACGAGCCAAAUACGAUCCUAACACGCAUCCUCUGAACUUGCACCCGGACGAGAUCAAACGCUUAUCGGCCCUCGCUGCCAUGAGUGAUCAUCGGAACUCUUUCGACAAAAUGGAUGUCGACAAGGAAAAUUCGGCACAACCUCCUUCCUCUCCACCGCCUCCUCAGCAACCGACAAAGUCCUUCACUGUACCCAUUAACUCCCCCACGAAUGGAUCGAGGCCUGAGGUCAACACUGAAGGGCCGGCACCUCCACCGCACAGGUCAAACCCUUCGAGUCCGGUUCCGAGUGAUGCCGAACAAGCUGAGAAUUACAAGUCAUUGGGCAAUAAAUCGUUCAAGGAAAGACAGUAUAAAAAGGCUAUUAAAGAAUACUCUCAAGCUAUUGAACUGAUGCCUGAUUCAUCGACUUACCUUAGCAAUCGCGCUGCAGCUUACAUGUCAGAUGGGCAGUACGACGCUGCUUUAGAGGAUUGCUCCAGAGCUGUUGACUUGGACCCCCAGAACCCCAAGUUCCUGCUUCGGCUUGCUAGGAUUUAUACUAAUCUAGGACGUCCGGAUGAAGCCAUGACAACCUUCGGUCGUAUUCAACCCCCACCGUCGUCAAAGGACACUGCCGCUGCAAAGGAGAUGCAGCAUCACAUGAGAGCUGCUCAAGACGCUCUCAACAACGGCACUAGUGGAUCAAUGGUUUUACAUGCGAUUGACCAGGCUGAAAAGUUACUAGCACCGGGCGCCACCAGACCUCGCAAAUGGCAACUUAUGAGAGGCAAUGCAUACCUAAAGAUGGGGGGUGCUAACUCUCUAGGCGAGGCACAAAAUGUGGCCAUGUCCUUAUUACGGCAGAAUAGCCAAGAUCCUGAGGCCCUGGUACUCAGGGGACGGGCGUUAUAUGCACAAGGCGAUAACGAGAAAGCCAUUCAGCACUUCCGAAAAGCUUUGAGCGGCGAUCCUGAUUUCAGGGACGCUGUUAAAUGGCUGAGGACGGUGCAGAAAUUGGACCGCAUGAAGGAAGAGGGUAAUGCUGAUUACAAGACUGGCCGUUGGCAGGCGGCCUUCGACAAGUAUACAGCUGCGCUGGACGUCGAUCCCUCAAACCGAGCUAUUAAUGCCAAGCUAUUGCAAAAUCGGGCACUAUGCAGAUUAAAGCUAAAGGAUUACGAUGCUGCUGUAGCCGAUUGCGAGCGUGCAACGGCCUUAGAUCCAACUUACAUCAAGGCUCGAAAGACUAAGGCGAAUGCCUUGGGCCAAGCUGAGAGAUGGGAGGAUGCUGUGCGUGAGUGGAAGAAGAUCCAGGAACUAGAUCCAGAAGACCGUACCAUCGUAAGGGAGAUUCGAAAGGCCGAACUGGAACUCAAGAAGAGUCAGCGGAAGGAUUACUACAAGAUUUUGGGCGUCGCUAAAGAUGCAGACGACGCCACUAUCAAAAAGGCAUACCGCAAGUUGGCUAUCAUUCACCACCCAGACAAGAAUCGGGACGACGAAUCGGCUGCCGAGCGCUUCAAGGAUAUCGGAGAAGCCUAUGAAACCUUGAGCGAUUCCCAGAAACGUGCCCGUUAUGACAGCGGAGAGGACCUUAUUGACCCCUCAGAAAUGUUUGGUGGCGGAGGUGGCAUGGCUGGCGGCAUCGAUCCCGAAAUCUUAUUUAGCAUGAUGAAUGGAGGCGGUGGCUUCGGUGGAGGCGGCGGUUUCCCGGGUGGUGGCUUUGGCGGUGGCCGUACACGAGCUCAGGGCUUCCCCGGCGGUUUCCAUUUCGGUUGACAAUCAGAACCGGGCGACUACGAGUACAAGCAUGAGACGCAGAGCCGAGACCAGGACGACCAGGACCAGGACCAAGAUCACAGUAGCUACGAU